AUGGCCCAGGCGGGCGGCCGCGGCUUCGCUGUGCACUGGGCCAGCGUGCGCGAGGGGCGGGGGCACGUGGCCGUCAAGCGCUUCCUGGCCCCGCCGGGCCACGCGCGCCUGCCGCCGUGGAGCCCCGCGGUGCUGCUGGUGCACGGCGGCCCCGGCCUGCCCUCGCGCUACCUGGAGCCGCUGGCCCAGCGCCUCUGCGCUUUCCGCGGCCGCACGGUGUACGCAUACGACCAGCCGGGCUGCGGCCUGUCCGCGGCGGCAGGGACGUUCGGCAGCAUGGCGCAGGGCGCGCGGGACCUGCGAGACGUGCUGGCGUUCCUGGGCGCGGAGCUCGGGGAGCGCGAGGUGCACCUCGUUGGCCACGGGCUCGGGGGCGCGCUGGUGAUGGAGGCGCUGCUGCGCGAGGGGAUCUACCUGGACGCCGCGGGGUCCGAGGAUCGCUGCCCGCGCCGGUCUCCGUGUGCCUGGUCGCCGCGCCGAGCAGCGCGGCCCUGGCGGAGGCGGAGGCGCGGCGCCUCAUCGCGCGGGUGGCCGAGGAGAGGUGCCCCUCGAGGACUGCCCGGCCUCCUUCUGGUACAGGCACGUCUGCGCGCUGAAGCCGCAGCCGGCGGAGCUGGCGGACGCCUAUCAGUCUGCCUCGGACCCGGCGAGCGGCGGCGGCCGCAGCGGCGCCCUGCGAGGCUGGGAGCUGCAGGCCCGAGCGGGCUGGCGGCUCGCGGGCCGAGACGCGCUGGAGGGCUGGGAGAUCCCCGCGGAGGAGGUCGCCCAGCGCUACGCCGCCGCCGCCCGUGGCGCGCCGCUGCUGAGCCUGCGGGGCAGCGAGGAGACUUCGUCACGGCGGCGUGCGUGCGGGCCUGGCGCGCCGCGGGCGCGGGCGGCGCGGGGGCCCGCUUCCAGGAGGCCACCGUGCACGGCUGCGGGCACCACGCCCACCUCGAGGACCCGGAGGCCUUCGCGGCUGCGCUGCGGCUCUGGCUGCUGGCGCCCGGGGCCGCGCGGUCGGAGCGCCUCCCGCAGGCGCACUCCAAGGACGACAUGGCUGCGGCCGCGGCGCGGCGCGAGGCUACCGGCGAGCUGCAGGUGCUGAGCAAGUCGGAGGCGUACCGCCACCUGUCUGGCUGGGCGUCCGAGCUCUCGUGGAAGGCCGUCAGGACCCCCUCCCCGCCGCCGGCGCGGCGCCACCGCCACCACGGGCAGAGGCUCAGCUACCUCGACGGCAGGGCGCCUUCCCGCAUGGUGCGGCAGCUGGCGACCUGGGCCCGGGCGCUCAGGCCGGGCGCCCCCGACGGCGGCUCCGCCAGCAGCUCCGCGGCAGCACCCGCCGCGCCGGGCGCGGGCAGCGCCGAGGCCGUCCGUGAGGCCCUGCGCUGCUGCGCCGCGCCCGUCGCCGCAUCCAACAUGGAGCCCACCCAGCACGGGGGGGGGGCGCCGCCACCAGCGGCGUCGCGCCGUCGGUCAUCGUGUGCAUCCAGGGCGGCGCCCAGGAGAGCCCCGCGCCCCUUCAGGUGGUGGGCGUGGCGGUGGCGCCCGGGACGCCAAAGGGCAUCCAGGAGGCCAUCGUGCACCGCGUCGAGGGCAUCAUCGCCCAGGUGUCGUCGGAGGGCUCCCUCCUGA